UGGAGGUCAGUGCAUGCAAGGGGUGCCCGUGACGUCAUCCUAUCAUGUCUUGCAUUGAUUUACCAAAGAAAACGUCUCGACAGCUCUUAGUUUUUACAAUAAACACCACCUGUUUGAAUCCAUACUUUCUGUCAUUUAUCACUAGAUUUUAGGCUAUUAGUCUCAUGUUGUACAAUGAAGGAUUAAUCUGUAAAGCAUCUUGGGUACACCCAUUUCCUCCUUCAACAGACCUCAAACAUGCUCCACCCCCCACCUCUGACCUAAAGGGGCUUUCCAGCUAGCUGUGUUGUGCCAGUUAGUGAGGCUAACUGUUAAGCUAACAAUUUGUGGGAUUUUUUAAAUCCAAAACAGUACUAUUGAAUCCAAUGCUCGAUGAAACUAUGUGAUAGCUCGUGUUAUCAUGCUUCUGACGUUGGCUGUCUUCGGGUAUAUUGCUGCACUCAUGGCAGCAGCGAUGUGCUGUCUUCCUGACGAAUAUGAAACAAGGGACGGGAGAUGCUGUGUGAUGUGUUACGAAGGUUCAGUUCUUCGAAGGGACUGCACACAGCAGUCAGGCACACGGUGCAGCAACUGUGUGAGUGCGACUUAUAUGAACCAACGCAAUAACCUGACUAACUGUUUCCUCUGCACCUCCUGUGAUCAAGGUCAUGGUCUCUUUGCCCAACAGUGGUGCACAGCCACAACUGACACAAUUUGUGAUGUUUUAAGUGGCUAUUUCUGCAAACAUUGGAUGGAUGGUGCAGGAUGUAGUUUAGCAAAAACACAUACUCCAUGUGCACCUGGUCACAGGAUAAAAGUGCCUGGAACCAGCAGAACUGAUACAGUGUGUGAACUUUGUCAGCCAGGCCAUUUUUCCCAGGAUGGCCUGCAUUGCACGGUUUGGACUAGUUGCUCAGCAAACCAAGUACAGAUCAGAGAAGGAAGCAGCAGCAGUGAUGUUGUCUGUGUAAUUGCUUCAAGAAUGCGUUUCUUUUAUAUACCUGUUAUCAUCGCCAUGCUAUUAUCAUUAGCACUUGUCAUGACAGGCAAACUGUCUUCGAGAAAAUCAGACCUCUGCUCAGUCACAUUGGCACCCAGAAGAAGUCUCACCAGGCUGAAUGACGCCGUCCGGCACUCCAGGAUCCAGCUCUUUGGACCAGAGACCACAUGAACUCAGUGACAUGAUCCUGGAGUCCUUAUUUCAGUGCUGUGGAUUUGUAUUUUACACACACAGUUUUGAGAAAAACUUUCCACCAGCCUGAAUGAAAAUCCAGAAACAACCAGAGGAAAUAUGUCUACAUGUUGUACGUACAUUCGUGGACGCGAUAUCUCAGGAACGCCAGGAGGGAAUUUCUACAAAUUCGGUGUAAACAUCAACUUCGACACAAGAAUGAACUGAUAAGAGUUUGGUGGUCAAAGGUCAAUGUCUAACAGGAUGAAAUGAUGAAGUGAGGACAUUUUGGACAGACGUGGAUAUAAACUGUAUCUUGACUGGUUGGUGGAGGCAUACAAGUGUAAGCGGUAAUUGCAGUUGUUUUUACAAUCAAUUCAAGCCCAUUACAUACACUUUCAACAUCAUUUAUCAUAGUUUUUAAUUAACUACUGAUUUUUCAAUUAAAUAUAAUGAACUUUGUUUUACUUAAAUUCAAUGGUAACUUGUUAAUAUCAAACCAUUUCUUCAAGGCAUUUAAUUCCCUUUCCGCUGUAUUUAGGAGCUGUUCCAAACUUUUGCUGGAGCACAACACAGCACCAUUCCAUCGGUGUAUUUCACUUUUCAUUAGCAGUAAAAUUACAGAGAUAUCGCUGGAUAAAGUUCUGGGUUGCCAGUAACCUGUAAUCACAGUUAAAGUGAUACUGAACUUUGGUAGAACUUUGGGUCGUAUCACUAACUAGUCAGGGCACAUGCCCAACUAUAGGUGAAAAUUGUCAUCUUUAAUUUGACAAUUUUCAAAUUGUCAAAUUUGAAAAUUGUUUUCGGAGCAGAACGCGGAAACUAUUUAACUUAGGAAUUUCAAAUUUGGUAUGAUGGUUGACCGUGUGGUCCAGUUGUGCCUUUUGGGGCUUAGAAGUCCAGCGUGCCCAAAAUUUCUGAAAUUUUUCCAAAAGUGCAAAAUCUUUGACCCUACUUUAGCAGCGGUCAAGCCGUGAGCAGGUAAUGUGAGCCAUGCUCACUUUUGCCUUGUUUUAUGUAUGUGUAUGUAUGAAAUAUUAUAUUAGCGCCGAUAUCAACUGGCAACCGGGAGUAACAAGACCACAGGGUUAACGUUAGCCGGCUACACAGAGUAGCAUAGCCCG